AUGACCUCGACUGCCUGCGAAUGCGCGCAGAGGUGCCUAUACUCCGGAGCCGCAUGUGUCCUCGCCUGGCACUGCAAGGAGCAUCAAUAUUUCGCGGAAAUCAGCUCAGCCGAGGUGAAGAAGUUCCCGACAUGCCUAGGCGUCUCGAGCCAAGGUGCAAUGCGCUUUGUGCCUGCAAUUGAGUAUUGUGGAGUGGGAGAAACCCUUCUUCACUUAUUCAAGCUGGACUUGAUGUCACAUGAACCCUGGACCUCGAACCGCGAAGAUGCAGCCGUGGCCACGACACUCAAUGCGAGAUGGAGAAGCCAACUCUCAACUACCGAUGACAUAACGCCAGUUGCAAUUUACCUGGGAGGCUUGUUUGGGCAUACAAUCAAGACGCUGGAACACUGGAUCAGGGGGCGCAACGCAGCGGAAGUCAGUGUCGUCGUAGUGCUCGCCUCGCCAGCUUGCUGGAACACUGAGACCAACGCCCGUUUCCAAAGAGCCGUCCAAUUGUCUGGUAUCAGCAGCCAGCAAAUUAUUGGCGACCGAACUCGUGAGACUCGCAUUGUAUUUGAUAGCGAGCAUAUGGCUGCGUUGAGGGGAAUCAGAAAGCAAGAGGGACUACGGUACUUUGGUCCACGAAGAAAACCGGAAAAGUUCAUCGUCGUUGAUGUUGGCGGGGUGACUAUAGAUGCAGUGGUAGAUCGGAACGCACCAGGAGGCUCACCUUCCAAGUCCCGCUUAGGAGGCUCCCUCCUCGUCGAUUGCCAUUUUACGGACUUCCAAGAAGAAUGGAUCAGAAAGACUUUCCCCAUGAUACCAGAGCAGGACCAAGAUCUCUAUCGCGAGAGAGUGAAGGUGUCGUUAGCGUGGUGGCAACACAUGCAGAAGUUCAACUAUCUCCCUCACAUCCCAGGUCCGCCACUUGAGGUGAAACUCCUUGAGAAAACAUUGACAAUUGGCCGAGAAGAGUUCAAGGAGUUCUUCAAGGACACUGUAGAGAUCAUCGCCAAGGUUGUGGAGGACCUGUUCGACGAGGAGCUUGAGCAGACCGGCGAUGCUCCGAAGUUCGUGACUUUGACUGGAGGGUUUUCCCAUUGCCAAUGGCUCUUCGUGGCACUGGCGGACCGAUUGAAAGAGUCGCCGGCACGAAACCUUUUUGUGGCACCUGUAAGCACUCAAUCCCGCUGGAAUGCUGUUGCGAUUGGGGCUGCAUACAUAUACUGGACAUUGAGCCAGCCAGACGCAGAGCCCCAAGGAGAAGCGCCAGGCGAUGAAGCUGAGGACAAUGAAUGA